CUACUGAGCAACCCACAAGACUCCGUGUUUAUUUUUGGACUGCCAUGGUGCCUGUUCCUUCCAUUUGUAGGAAGGGGGGGUCGAGUGAGGCUCAGCAUGAACCUGCCGUUCUGACACUCCAGGCUGGGACAAGCAGGCAGCAGCUGGUAAACCACCCCAGGCAGCAGUCCUACAGGGAAACUCACCUUGAGCCCUUUAAACACCACCAUUUCAAGUUCGUCACCUGGGAACCAGAAAACAGGCACUAAAAUUGGGCCAUGCAGAGGCAUCCAUGACCAGCUGUAAAGUGGGUGCAGAAGCAUUCAUGUCUGUUGCCUAUGGCUCUAUCCACCAGCUGGGCCUGUUUUCCCAGCAGUACCCUCCACCACUACUGCCCAAGCCUGGAAAAGAUAAUAUUCGUCUUCAGAAACUACUCAAAAGGACUGCCAAGAAAAAGACUUCCACUCAGACAUCACAGUCUACCACACCUUUCCGUUCAAGCCUUUCCCCUGUAAAUGAGGCAAGCCCUGAUCUGGAGCGCAGUGACCACUCAACAUCCCCUCAAACGCUAGACACACCUCAUAGACUUCACAGCAUCCAGCAACCUCCACGAUUUACAGUCAGGCCAUUGUAUCAGCAUGUGGCAUCCCCUUAUCCACAACGAGCAGCUUUUGCUGGUCGAGCGGUAGGCAUGUCCCCUCCCACUGUGGCUGUCCCUUCAUGCUCUUCCUCACACUAUGCCACAAAAGUAUCACCUAAUUCUGCAUCAGAUCAGGUCUCUAGAGUCUCAGUCUCAACAGAGCCUGUUGGGCUGCCAGGAGAGGCUAAACAUUCACUACCAUAUUCCUCUGUGCCUGAGAUGAAAUUACCAGCAGCUGAACUGAAAACAUUUAAUGACAGCCAAGCAGGUAUGAGCUCUGUCCCAUUUGUAGGUACCCCAACAUCACAAAUUAGAAGUUCAACUCCACAUCCAAUACCGAUAGGUCAAGCUAUGGUUCGGCCUCUUACUGUGUUGACCUCUUUCAUUAAAUCUAAAAGUCCUCGUCCAACAUUUAAAGCAACUGAACCCUCAAAAUCACCAAAGCCAAUGUUUGAAGUACCUCAAAUUAGAAUGUAUACAGCAAGCACAUCAUAUUAUGAGACAUCUAGGACACCACCGGUAUACGAUACAGCUGGAUUAACAGCCAUUGGCACCACGGUACCUCAAAGCAAGGCUUUAGCAGAAGCACAUCAGGAUGUUCUCACAGCAUCUACGAUCAAAGGAGUGCAGACAGCAACAAUCCGCCUUCCUGUAUCAGACACUGAUCAAGGGAGAAAAACUCCAAAAUCAGAAUUAGAAGGAGCCAUCUCAACAGCUGAAAUCAAAAGAGUAACUUCAGAAAUCCAACAAGUGACUCCAGUGUCAGAAAUCAAGCAAGUCACUCCAACAUCAGAAAUCAAGCGAGUCACUCCAACAUCAGAAAUCAAGCGAGUCACUCCAACAUCAGAAAUGAUGCAAGCCACUUCAACACCUGAUUUCAAAAGAGCAACCCCCAUCUUGGAAGCAAAAAGAUCAACCCCAGCGUCGGAGAGUAAAACAACCACUCUAAUAUCUCAAGCCAGAGUUCAAACACCAACAUAUGACAUUGUAUCAUCCAGAGCUUCAGGAGGACGACCUAAAACUCCAGCAUACCACAUCACCCGAGCAACAACCCCUGUCUUUGAAAUCUCACGACCUAAUCCUCUUCUGUUUGCAGUGUCCCCAAUCACAGUGGAUCCAGAGAGGUCAAGGUCACCCCAAAAUAUUUCUAGUCUUAAAAGUUCACAUGCCUCGCUAAAUCUGAAGACCACAGAGCUUCAUGAAACUUUAAUUAAUGGGGAUGUUAACCCUGAUAUGACACCUGCAAAUAACUCUGUAAAACAAGGCAUUAAAAAGUCAAAGUCGGAGUCUGAUUUGACUCGAAGAGUGACGUCGGUUUCGACACUUGGCUCUCAGAGAGCUUUGACUCCUGUUUCUGUGCCAGCUACACAAGUAGUGACUAGCUAUCAGAGGCCAAAAACACCAACAUAUGAGGCCUCUCGCCUUUUGACCAAAUCACCAGGCUAUAAAAGGCUGAACACAUCAACAUCCAAUAUUACGCAGAUGGCCAGUCAGAGACCUAAAACCCCGGAAUGGCAAAAGUCAAAGUCUGCCUAUCGUGGGCUUACGCCAGCUGAGUAUGCUGCUUACGGUGGAAUCAAAACAUAUUCUCCUGCAUUUGGCAUUACAACCUCCCUGAUGCCAACACAAGAUGAGGUUAAAGCUAAAGAAAAGGUUCUCAAACAGAGUAGCCAAGAACUGAAUGUAAAAGAACAACCUACAGUUGAGCUUUCUGAAACAAAGGAGACAUCAGAGAGCAAAGAAAGGCCUAACCAGAGUGAUGUAAAGGCUGGUUCUAGCGUCACACUCCCAGUUAUUGUAGUUUCGAAACCAUCAGAUUCAAUUGGAACGAUAUCAAAACAAGGUCAAGCUAUGGCAACUGGUUCAACUGCAGCAAAACAAGAGGCAAUAGCGGUCCAAAAAAUUACAAAAGCAGUAGAUGUCUUUUCUGAGAAACAGGAUGGUAAAACCCCACUAACUACGAAAGCUACUGAGAUAAAAGAUACUCCUCCAAAAAGUUGUGACCAAGGUUCCCUGAAGGCGGUGAAGCACCUUUUGGGUAAAGCAAAGGUCCAGACCGAUGAGAAGAAAAUAAUAAAAGUUGAUGAAUCUGUUGUAAAAGAACCAAACACAUCUUUUAGUCCCACACAGGUUAAUAAGGAAAGCUCAAAGCCUGUUCCCCCUCUACCAAAUCUGCCUGCUGAAGAGCAUUCUACAAAAGCAUCUGAAAACAACAAAAAAGAUUACAAAGAACAACUUUCAUCAGAUAAAUUGGACAAAAAGGGAGCUAAUGACUCCCCCCCAGCAACAACAUCGCUUCUUAAUGUGAUGCAAAAGACAAAGGGCAUAAAAGCAGGAAAGACUGGAUGGUCACGACUUAAAAAACACAUGGUGGUGGAACAGGAAGAGCCAACAUUUCCAGAGUUAGGCUCUGAGAAAGCAGUCCAUGAACAAGACCACAGUAAGAGCGAAAGGAUAGAGGAGCACUUAAGUGGUCAGGAUGGCAAGCAAGCUACACCAAAAGACACAGACACUCCAAAAGCAACUAAGAUGUGGGACGCAGUCCUGUUCCAAAUGUUUUCCUCCAAAGAGAACAUUAUGCAUCAGAUUGAAUUAAAUAAAAGUGAUGAUAAAAAGAAUGAGGAGAAAAGUGAUGAGCAGAAAGAGAUCCCUUCAUUUGCCUUCAGGCUACCAGUGUUGCUUUUCAGCCCCAGGUUUGAUGCUAAAAAGCUUAAAGAAGCAGCAUCCAGACCAGUCACAAAAAUUUCUGUUGUGUUUGAAAUGGGACUAAUUGGGCGGAAAGGUAAGGAAGAUGAACCAAAAGAUUUUAACAGAAAAGCUAGAGGGUUUACUGCUACUUAAUUAUGCCUAAUGUAAAGUGUCCAUAUUGAAAAAAAAAAAUAGAUUUAUUAUAAAGUGGAGUUGAUAAGCUUCAGAAGAAAUCUUAAAGUAAUACCUAACAAAUGUGUUUUGUUAUUGAACCUUGUUGGCUGUUGUUGAUAAGAAAAAAAAUAGCCGAUUUGUCUUAAAUUUCUUUGGACAACACAAAAGGUGUUUGAGUAAUCUGAAAACACAAAUUUGCAAAGGAUGUUGCUGAGCCACAGAGUAUGUAUGUACAUGGUUGUUCCUUUUUCCACAAAUUUCCUGUUUUUGUUUUUUUUUUUACAUAUAUAUAAAACCAUAAAUGUAAAACUAGAUGUUCACCAAUAAAUAAAAUAAUCAUCCAUUUAAUCCUUUUUUUUUUUCAAAAUUGUGAUUUUGCUAUAACACAAGGCCUCUAAGCAAAAUAAUAAUGUUUAUCUGGAGUUUGCAAAAAGAAAAUGUUUUAUGUUAAUUGUGUUUCAUAACACAUUAAAGCUCCAAAACAACAUUAUGGAGGUAAAUUGCUGAUUUAUUUAGUAGAAAUGUUUAACCAGUAGACUUCCAAUAACAUAAAUCUUGUAUGAAAAACAAAGCAAUGUGUUAUAUAAUCAGUGGGUUUCAGUGGACAGAAUUUCAGGAAUGAUUUUAGAUUACUGCAGUGUUAAAUGAAAGUUUGUGGGAUUAGAAAGUAAUAAAUAAUUUAGAAUAAAUAUUAAUAGAUGGAUUGUUCUGUGAUUUGUUGAAGAUAAGACCAAUGGCAUCCAGCCAAAAAAGAGCUAUGAUGGAGGUUAGUGGGAUGGUGAUAACCAUGCAUAAGCUACAUUGAAAUUUCUACAUGUUAUCAUUCUGAUAAGCCUCCUGUAGAACGUGUUUAUAAAAGGGGGGGGGGGCAUUCAGUCCAGUUCUUCAAGCUAAUUGGGAACCUGGAUCUGAUCCCAUGUCAAGUUUUUAACCAAUCACAGCAGCAGUAUCAGCUGAGAAGUAUCACAUUCUUGAUUUGUUUCACGGGGUUAAGUGUUAAAUUAAACUCUUACUAAAUCUGUCCGCUAAGAACGUGCAAAAAUGUUCUUAUGCAUAAAGACAAAAUUUAUACUGUAUUGUGCUCAUUUUUCCAAAAUGAGGGCAUUCCUGCUGAAGAACCAUGUGUCCUAAUAUAUAUAUCUUUGGGUAAAGACUUCACUUUUUAUAGCAUCCCGUACUUAUCAUAAUAGCUGUGUACUAAUGAUUAGUUACUUGUAAAAGACUAAUGCCAAAAAAGGAAAGCCAGGUUUUCUCUUUUUUUUAAGAAUAAAACUUGUUUUAGAAAGCGAGUGAUGGCCUAGUUGUUAGAGCAGUGCGCUUGUGCUCUGAGAAGGUUGCAAGUACCCGGUUCGAUCCUCACAGCCUCCAAUCUGGCUUUCUGAGCAAGACCCUUAACCCCUCACUGCUCCCCGGGCGCCUCACAAUGACAGUCCACUGCUCCCCAAGGGGAUGGGUUGAAUGCAGAGCUAAAUUUCUCCAGUGUG